UUCACUGUUCGACGCCAGAGCCAUUCCGAGAUGAGUAUCGUGAAGACAGCGCUCCUUGUCGUCCUCGGCGUCGUUUGUGUCUCCUCGGACUUUCCCGGGGUCUGGAGGAGGCACCACCCGGACGUGGACCACCGCUACAAAGAGUGGGCACACUUGGCCAUCUCCUCUCAAGUCGAGGACAGGACCAACUUCGACACCCUCAUGACGCUCAUCAGCGUCGAGUCUCAGGUAAUUGCGGGUGUGGACUACAAACUCAAGAUGAAGGUCGCUGAAUCCGACUGCGUGAUUGGAGUGGACUUGUACAGCAGGGAACGUUGCCACCUCAAGGUCGAUGUUCCUUACAUGAUCUGUACAGCAGUGGUCAACUAUAGGCCCUGGGAGCACAAAGCCAGCCUCAAGUCAUACAACUGCAGCGAUCGUGUCUACGGGGGGAAGUCAGCUGAAUGAUCUGCGUGAACCAAUGCAAAGCGCAAUUUCUUCCUCGUGCACGCGUUGAUUUGUCAUCUCUAUAUCCGUGACACAGAGGAAAGUCAAUAAAAUGUCAUUUCUGACGAGGAAAAAGUA